AUGCAGACUAUAACAAAAUCUCAGUACAUGUCAAUAUUCAACUCUACACUGUGCUAAAGAAAAUGAACUGAUGAAGAGAUUGGGGGAGGAAAAAUCGUGUGGUUACCAUUGUUUUUAAUCUAGUUGCAGUUAUAUGGACCAUUUAUACAGCUGAAUAGAGGAGAAAUACAAGAAGUAGCUCUCAAAUGUGGGUAAAAAUUCCAAAAGCUUCCCCUAAAUGGAUGGACCUCUACUAGGGUUGGCUUAUAGGGGAAAGCCCACAAAACUGGCUUCUAUGGUGAUCAUCGUCUUGAGAUACAAACCGGAUUCCUGACUUAUUCUAAGGAUGAAAACAGAUGAUAAAACGAACUUACAACUUGCCUUACUGAUGAGGGCUGACAAGUUAGCACGCGUGCAGAAGGGUGGUGAUCACGAUGACUAGACCACCUUGUUUCCUAAGCCUUCUUCUUUCCUCUAUAAAUAGACGUACAGUCGACAGCAAGUUCUGCAAACCAAAUCAACUGCAGAAGUAGCUGAGAUGGCCUUAAAAUCUCUUCUUCUGUUCAGCCUCUUGAUUGCUAGCAUUGCAGUGCCACUGGCUGAAGCACAACUUGGGGGGAUUCUUGGCCCUCUUUUAGGCCUGUUGAGGAUCCAAGGCAUUCUAUACUGCACUCCUAAUGGAAACAUCAGUGUCAAUGCCACAACCACACCUGUUUUCCCUAAUGCUCUGGUGCAGCUACAGUGUGGUGGAAAUGUGGUCUCAACUGCAACAACAAACGGCUCUGGACUAUUUUCUAUACUUUUGGACCCUGUGAACUUCCUCCUCUCGACACUUGUUUCCGGGUGCAAGCUUGUUGUUAACACGCCACUGGCAUCUUGCAAUGCCAGUUUGCCAUCAGUCGGUGGGCUGGUCUCAAACUUGCAGUUCAUCGGGAAUACUGUGGCAGGGCUCUUAAACAUUGGCAACCUGAUUCCUACUGGCUUUCAGUUCAAUGCUAAUGUGAACUAAUGGCACAUUGGCAUAAUUCAAUAAUCAUCGUAGCAUGUUAUGUACCUUCCACCAUAUAUGUGUGUUGAUCAAUAAGUGACUGCUCACUAGACUAAGAUUUAUUUCUUGUUAGGUUGUUAUUGUUUUUGCAAGUUUCAUUUGUGUGUCCAAGUUAUGAAAGUGUAGCAUGAAUUCUUGAUUGAAGUGUAUUGAAAGAUGACAACUUGGUUUCCGUCCUAA